GCCUUAAAGUAGCUCUUGAAAGCACCGUCAUUAUGAAGGCGCCGACGACGCUCAUUUUUCUGUUGUCCUUUCCCUUUUUAUCAACGUCUUUUCGUUUAAGCAGAAACAGCAAGGACGGACGUGUUGGACGACUACUGGCCCUGACUGAUUUUGAAUCAGGUACGACAUCGCCGUGGAUAGAUGAAUCAGCUGCUGAUGCAAAAUGGCUCAUAGAGGAUUUUAGCGCACCUUUUGAUCCUUCACAACCCGCUCCUAUACCACCCUCUGGCACUAAAUAUCUUCGUGUUAAUCGUCCUGCUGGAACUGCCGGUCAAGCUGUUCUGCGUUCGGAACCCUUUGUCGUUCAGCCGGGCGAUCAAUUUCGCCUGUCUUUUUGGAUAAGAUCAGACCCGAUUCAAGUCAACAAUAUUCAAAUCUAUUGGUCGAAUAACGGCGUCCAAGAGCGAAUAUUAAGUCUAGUACAAUAUUCCACACCCACUAAUUUCGAAUGGCGGACGAUAUCGGUCUUGAUUCCGGCUACUGGACCUGUCGAAACACGUCUCUCGAUUUUUGGGUUCUGUAACUCUGGUAAUGUGGAUGCUGUGGCAAUUGAUAAUCUCGUCGUUGAGUCGUCAGAUCAAACUCCAUCGUCCACUGUGACACCUGAUCCGGGUACGGGCAGUACAGUGUAUACCACAGUGUCGACGACACCAUUCCCAGGUGGUUGUCCCUCAAAUCUGGGCGUAAACUCUGUCAGGUGUACAACCCUUGGGGGAAAAUGCUAUUGUUUCUCGCUUUAUAAGGUCGAUAGCUGGUAUACCGGUGAUUCAUACUGUCGUACGAACGGAGCAGCUUUAAUCAGUUUGGAAACGCAGACUGAAAUUUCGCUUAUUGACAGCUACAUUACAAGCGCUAGCUCUGGUCUGGACCAAUAUGCUUACUGGAGUUCGGGACAGUGGGGAGGCAGCGGUUACACAUGGACUGGAUCAAACCAACCUUUUACUACCACUAACUGGUAUCCUGGACAGCCUGAUGACAUGGCCUCGGGGUAUUGCGUCAGAUUAUUUUAUGGUGGUGAUUAUGCUGGACGCUGGAGUGAUAUCAUUUGCAGCGGUGAAGGUUAUACGCCGUUUUAUUUCAUUUGCGAAUUAUAAGUCCAUGAUGAAGUAAGCCGCUUGUUCCUUCACCUACUUUAUGCAAAAGGUGAGGCCGGAAUCGGCUGUUUCAAAAAAUAAACGUACUUAGCAAAGCAAA